AUGUAUGCUGUGACUGGUAGUGAUGAGGAUGACUGUUACCGGUGUUUCCCGCCCGACCCGGGCAUUGGUACUGCCGCGUCAGGUACUAGUGAGGCUGCUGCUCUAGGUGCCAGUGCGUCUGUGCUCUCAGGUACUGGUGAGUCUGCCCUCUCAGGUACUGUGUCGGCUUCGGCCUCUCACACCUUCACCCUUGACUCUGGAGCGUCUCGCUCCUUCUUUAGGGACCGCACCACUCUCACGCCGCUGAGUCGGCCGGUUGCGGUGUCCCUGGCUGACCCCUCUGGGGGGCCUGUCCUGUCUCGCUUCUCCACUGUCCUCCCGUGUCCGGCGGCCCCCUCUGGCACCCUGACUGGUCUCUACCUUCCCUCGUUCUCGACGAACUUGGUGAGUGGUGCUGACCUCCAGGAUGCGGGUGUCCACCAGUUCACCCCUGCUCGUCAGCGGGUGACCCACUGCACGGAGGCGGAUACAGGUCGCCACCUGGCUACGUUUACACGUCGGCCAGGGUCGAGCCUCUACACACUGACCACUGCUUCUCCUCCAGGUGCUACGUCUGGUAGGGUCCCUUCGUCUGGUCAGGUGUUUGCUGCAGCGUCCAGGUCUGGUCCUGAGUCCGCCCCCUGCUCGUGUCGUCGUCUGUCUCACGAGACCCUCCUCUGGCACCACCGCCUUGGCCACCCCUCUCUGCUUCGGCUCAGAGGCAUGGCCUCGCGAGUCCUUGUGUCUGGUCUUCCCCGGUCUCUCCCUCCCCUUCCUCCGGGCCCUGGCCCCACCUGUGUCCCCUGUGUCGAGGGGCGCCAGCGUGCUGCCCCUCACUCCUCCCAGUUUCCUCCGACAGAGGCCCCGUUGCAGACGCUUCACAUGGACGUGUGGGGCCCAGCCCGCGUCCGUGGACAGGGUCAGGAGCGCUACUUCCUGCUGGUGGUUGACGACUACUCGCGUUACACCACAGUCUUCCCCUUGCGCAGCAAGGGUGAGGUCACUGAGGUGUUGAUCGACUGGAUCCGCGCAGCUCGUCUCCAGCUUCGGAGGAGCUUUGGCUCUGACUUCCCUGUUUUACGUCUGCACUCGGACAGAGGCGGAGAGUUCUCCUCUGGCCUCCUGAGUGCCUACUGUCGUGCGCGAGGCAUCCGUCAGACCUUCACGCUUCCGGACUCACCACAGCAGAAUGGGAUUGCUGAGCGCCGCAUUGGCAUGGUCAUGGACGUCGCUCGUACGUCCAUGAUGCAUGCGGCUGCUCCCCAUUUUCUGUGGCCGUUUGCGGUCAGUUACGCUGCGCACCAGAUCAACCUCCACCCCAGGGUCUCUCGACCGGAGACCUCCCCAGCCCUGCUGUGGACGGGGAAGGUUGGCGAUGCGUCGGCGUUCCGGGUCUGGGGAUCUCGGGCGUUUGUUCGCGACCUGUCUGCGGACAAGCUGUCCCCUCGUGCUUCUCCCUGCGUCUUCCUGGGGUUCCCCCCCGACGCCCCUGGGUGGCAGUUUUACCACCCCACCUCUCGACGUGUUCUGUCCUCCCAGGACGUCACGUUCGACGAGUCGGUACCCUACUACCGCCUCUUCCCCUACCGCACUCCGUCCCUCCCCCCACCCCCGCUCUUCUUGGUAGACGCGGUCGAGCCUGUCGAGGUCACUGGUGACUCUGGUGCUGCUGCGGGAGCUGAGCCUGGGGGUGCGGAGUCUGGGGGUGCUGAGCCUGGAGGUGCCGAGUCUGGGGGUGCUGAGCCUGGGGGUGCUGAGCCUGGGGGUGCUGUGCCUAGGGGUGCUGAGCCUGGAGGUGCCGAGUCUGGGAGUGCUGUGCCUGGGGGUGCUGAGCCUGGAGGUGCUGUGCCUGGGGGUGCUUCGUCUCGCCGGGAGCCACUCUCCCCACAGGAGCUGCGUGAGUGGUUUGCCAGGCGCUGGAGGCGUGCUGCUGGUGCGGGUGGUUCUUCGGCUGCAGAGGGUACUGCUGCCGCGCGUCCCGCCGGUGCUCGUACUGUGGGUGCUGGAGCUGCUGGGUCUGAGAAUUCUCCUGGAGCUGGUCCUGCUGAGGGUGUUGGCGCUGAGCCUGCCGUUGGCGGUCCGACUGACAGUGCUCCUGGUGCUGCGGCUGGGGGUUCUGGAGCUUCUGGUGGUGCUGCUGGAGGUGCUGCUGGAGUGGGUGCUCCUGCCGGGGCUGCUGGUGCUGUUCCUGCUGUUUCUAGCGUCGCCGCGCGGCCCCGACCGUACUUCGUUCCGCUCCUGCAGCAGGUUCUUGGUCUUACCCCUCCUCCUCCUCCCUUAGAGGGUUCGCAGCCUGUCCGGUCACAGCCACAGCUACAGCCUGCCUCCCCUUUGCCUGCUCCUUCUCCCUACGCUGGUCCGACUGGAGGUCUUACUGAGCGUCGUGAGCCUGCGUCUCGUCCUGUGUCGCCUGUUCGUACUGAGCGCGCUAGUGGUCGCGGGUCGCGUCAGCGUCCUCCUCCUGUCCCUGGCACGCACCGGAUGUCACUGCGUCCGUCCACUGCUCCUCUGCGUGCCCCUUUGCCUUCUCCUCCUGCUUCCUCUCUUCCUGCUCUUGCCGACCCGGAGUCGGACUCUCUUCGUGCUGCCAGUCCCACUGUCACGCGUCUCCUGGCUACUGCUGUCACUGACCCCUCCUUCGAGUCGUCUGCUGCGUCUGCCCUUGUCACUGAGCUUGUCGACUUUGCUGCGCGCUGUCGUCUAGACUACGCUGCUCGUCUUGUCACUGAGUCUGAGUCCGCCUGUCCUCCGUCCGUCGGGGGUGAGUGUGCCCUUGGCACGGACGUCCUUGAGGACAGGCAGGAGGAGUUCCAGUGUCUGGCCGCCGCUUCACCUCGUCUCGCGUCUGUACUGCUAGCCCCUGAGGGAGACCCGGAUGCACCAGACAUCCCGACUCCGCGCUCUUACGCGGAGGCGAUAGAGGGUCCCUACUCCUCUCAGUGGCAGGCAGCUAUGGAUGCAAAGAUGGCUUCCUGGAAGUCCACAGGCACCUACGUUGACGCUGUUCCCCCUCCUGGGGCGAACAUCGUCAGUGGCAUGUGGAUUUUCAGGGUGAAGCGGCCGCCGGGUUCUCCGCCUGUCUUCAAGGCGCGUUACGUGGCUCGUGGCUUCAGUCAGCGGCAGGGGGUUGACUACUUUCAGACCUUCUCCCCCACCCCGAAGAUGACCACUCUUCGGGUUCUGCUGCACGUUGCUGCUCACCGUGACUACGAGCUGCACUCUCUCGACUUCAGCACAGCUUUCUUGCAGGGCAGCCUGCACGAGGAGAUCUGGCUGCGUCGCCCACCUGGCUUCACUGGGUCUUUCCCUCCUGGUACCCAGUGGAGUCUCCGGCGUCCAGUCUACGUUCUCCGCCAGGCGCCACGUGAGUGGCACGACACACUGAGGACUACGCUCGCGGCACUUGGGUUUGCUCCUUCCACUGCCGACCCGUCGCUGUUUCUGCGCACCGACACCUCUCUGCCGCCGUUCUACAUCCUCGUGUACGUCGACGACUUGGUCUUUGCCACAGCGGACACUGCUGGACUCGCCUACGUGAAGUCCGAGCUGCAGAAGAGACACACGUGCACUGACCUGGGUGAACUGCGCAGCUACCUUGGCUUGCAGAUCACCCGGGACAGAGCACGCCGCACCAUUACCCUGACUCAGUCACACAUGGUGCAGCAGGUCCUUCAGCGCUUCGGCUUCACGUACUCCUCGCCUCAGGCCACUCCUCUGCCUACUCGCCACUCGCUCUCAGCUCUGCCUUCGGAUGAGUCCGUAGAGUCGAGUGGCCCGUACCCAGAGCUUGUUGGCUGCCUCAUGUACCUGAUGACCUGCACACGACCUGACCUCGCAUACCCUCUUAGCAUUCUCGCACGCUUUGUUGCUCCUGGGAGACACCGACCAGAGCACAUGGCUGCAGCGAAGAGGGUGUUGCGCUACUUGUGCAGUACGUCGGGCAUGGGGCUAGUGCUUGGAGGGCGCAGUCCAGUGGUCCUCACUGGGCACGCAGACGCUUCUUGGGCUGACGACCAGGCUACGCAGCGGUCGUCACAGGGUUACACCUUCAGCCUUGGUUCCGGCUCUGUCUCGUGGCGGGCUACCCGCUCGUCUUCUGUUCUCGGCUCCAGUUGUGAGGCUGAGAUCUACGCUGGGGCUAUGGCUGCACAGGAGUUACGCUGGCUCACCUACCUGCUGACCGACCUUGGAGAGCAGCCUCGUUCUCCUCCAGUCCUGUACGUAGAGAACAAGGCCAUGCUGGCCUUGUGUCGAGAGCAGCGACUGGAGCACAGAACGAAGCACAUUGCUCUUCGCUACUUUCUUGCUCGUGAGCUACAGCAGCGUGGACAGCUGCGACUUGCGUACGUGGCCUCUGAGGCCAACACUGCUGAUGUCUUCACCAAGGCACUUGCGCCUUGUGAUCAUCAGCGUUGCUGCACGCAGUUGGGUCUUGUGCCUGUCUUGCCUCACUUGCUCUCCUCUUGA